UCCAAUGUCAAAACAGUUGGCAAAAGUUUUCGAUCUAGGGUUUGCUGUAUCAAAAUAAAUUUGUGAUGUUUGAAUGUAGUACAUAAUUAUCUUGUCAACGUUAUCUAAGUCCUAUUAAAGCCAUAAAUUCUCAUACCGUAUGAGUAAAUAAAUAUGAAAUGAACAUCGUGUGCUGUAAACAUCGCCACUGUUCAUGUAAACAAAUCUACCGGAUUGCCUUAUAGUGUUCUUUGCCAACUAUUUUGAUCAAUUCCUGGUGUAGAUGGGUCAGGAAAUACAAGGCCAAGCCCCUAAACUACGUUAUUCUAGACUUAGUUAUAGUAUUUCUUGUGUAAACUGUACCAUUAUUAUUACAAACAGUAAACACAUUGUAAUGGGCAAUAGUUAGCACGCUAUUGCCCUUUUAAAGCCCCGAUAUAUCUGCAUUUAGUUCUAUACAGUUAAUGUUAUGACAAGAUUCAUCUGACCUGCCACUAAAGUUCUGGUAGUUGAUGGACAUACAAGACAUUCAUGAUGGGAAAAAUAACAAUAAUGGUUGUACUCUGCUCAUUAGCAUGUGUGCAGGGACAGUUCUUCGAAGAUCGGCGGUGUAGGUGCGUCUGCCCUAGCCCGGCUUCGGUUCUAAAUAUCUCGUCAACUAGGCAAAUAUUCACAGGGAACGUUCCUCCAAAUAAGUGUCACUGUGAAGGCGUGGUCAUCCCUUUGAUCGGCAAGGAGAUCGAAGGGAAGGUACACCUCCUCUGUCCGCGGUGCGAGUGUUCCUACCAGACGCGAAACACGACACUUAUUAUGGGCGUAGUGUUUCUUAUGCUAACACUGAUCGGGAUGGCGGUUAUUUACAUGAUCACCCUCCUGUGGCUGAACACCUGGGUCAUGAGUCAGCGGACGGAAACCCCCAGAGACGCGAUAGAAGACGGCAAAGGUCGCACUGAGGAAGAGGAUAGGCUGUUGUUGUGUGAAGACCCGGAGGAUUGAAACUGGACAGUAACACAGUGGAUUCAAGAAAAGAGACAAUUUUGAAGAGUUCUGGGUUGAUGAGAGCAAAAGCUACAUUGGAGUAAACAAGUCUAGAAUAUUAGACCUUAUUUUUGAUACUACAGAAUAUUUAUUUUAAUAUUUUUUUAAAUAAUGUUGAUGUUGUUCGUUUUGACUUUAUUAAUUGAAAGAGUGAGACUAGUUGUAACAAAUAAUAAGAAUUGACUAUCGAUUGUCAACGAAAAUAAGUUGAAAGUAUUUUCAUAAUAUUUUUAUGUACCUCUCUUUGAGUUAAAAGUACUAAGUUGCUACCUAUUUUUUGAGAUAACAUUAAAAGUUAAAUUGUUAUCGAUAUAGAUUUUUCAAUAAUAAUUAGUUUACUGUGUAUGAGGAAUAGAUAUAGUGUUUAAACAUAUAUUUUUAUACAUAAGCUGUGAAAACUGUUCUUCAUAGGAAAGUUUUCUGGCGAUUGAAAAAUCGGCCUCAACUAAGUACCCAUAUUCUAUAUGUAUGUUCCCAGUUCUCAAUUCGAGAUAAGACGAACAUUAAUAGGCAUGACGAAUCAAAACAGGAAUUAGUCCGUCUUUUAAAUAACUCUAAAAUAAUGGACACGUAUUUUUUAACUUUUUUCACAGACCAAUAACAACGAAGAUACAACACGUUUUAAUUUUGUGUUACGUCAUUUUUAGGUACAAAUACAUAAAAGUGACGUCACAAACUCCCACUCCUAACCUUUAACGCCUUUUAACAAAGUGAAUUUUUAAUGUUUUGUUAAAAAUAAAAAAUACGUGUUCAAUUUAUUUUUGGUAAUCUAAAAGACGGACUAUUCUAUUAAAAUCACUAUUUUUUAACCCUUUGGUCUAUUAUAUACGUGCGAAUGCCAAAGUUAUGGGACUGAAACGAAAUUGUGUUAUUACGUAUGUACGUAUUUUGUUGCAUUUGUUACAAGUUCUUAUCAUGUAAAUAUGUCGUAUUAUUAUUGAGCUUUUGUAUAUUUUAAUAAAUUUUAAUUUAAAUCUUUGAGUA